AGCGCAGCGCAGACCAGCCGAGGAGCUUCUCACUGCGCCUGAUCCGAGACGCGCAACCGCGAGCGAAGCCCGGACACUUCCGAAUAAACUUCCACCAUGAAGCCGCGCUACCAGCUGCUGGGCGUGCUGUUGGUCUUCUGCAGUCUGCGUGUGGACUUGCUGACGGAGGCUUGUUCCUGCGCGCUGUCCCACCCCCAGGACGCCUACUGCAGCUCCGACAUCGUGAUCCGAGCCAAAGUGGUGGGAAAGAAACUACUAAAGGACGGACCUUUUGGCACCAUGCGCUACACAGUCAAGCAGAUGAAGAUGUACAAAGGAUUCACCAAAAUGCAGCACGUCCAGCACAUCUACACAGAUGCUUCUGAGGGCUUGUGUGGAGUCAAGUUUGACCUUAACAAAUACCAGUACUUGAUCACAGGUCGUGUUUAUGAUGGAAAGGUCUACACGGGGCUGUGCAACUUCAAUGAAAGGUGGGAGCGUCUGUCUCUCGCCCAGAAGAAAGGAAUCAACCAUCGCUACCUGCUGGGCUGCAACUGCAGGAUUAAGCCUUGCCACUCCCUGCCCUGCUUUGUGACCUCAAAGAACGAGUGCCUGUGGACGGACAUGCUGUCCCACUUCGGCUACCCUGGUUACCAGUCUCGCAACUAUGCCUGCAUCCAGCAGAAAGAGGGCUACUGUAGCUGGUACCGGGGGAUGACCUCACGCGACAAAACCACCAUCAACACCACUGACCCCUGAACACGCCUAGCAUUUUCCAUACCCUCUUUUUCUUAUUAAACCCAGCUUCUUUCUACUACCCUUCAAACCCAUUUCUUUCCAUAAAUUACCCUUUAGUCUGCCUUGUUAUCCAUAUGGAGGAAUAGGUCAAGUCUUGCCAAUUACGCCAACUUUAAUUGGUGUCUGUGGUAGCACUUUCGAUGUAAACAAUACCUGUGUUCUACUGCGUGCGGCUACGCUGUGGUCACUUUACCAGCUUUCUGCUGUCCACAGAGACACACAUUGAGCAGUUACUGACCGAACAAA